AUGCACCACCUCAAUAUCCCCGCACAAUCUGCACCUAAGAAUACUAUGCAAAGACUGAGAAGAAGAUUACGAAGACUUAUCACCAAAGUGAAGUGGCUACUAUUCACCUUGGUGGAACCGGAGUUCAUCCUCGGAAAGGCGUUUAGCGAGUGGUCUUCAGUCAGGAUUUUGGAUCCACAAUACAAAGCAUUUGCAGAUACAGAUGGCGUUGAAUGGAGCGUUGCGCAUACAUUCCUAGCGAACAUGGGUGGAUUCGUUAUCCGAUUUGGGCAAUGCAUCGACAAUCUGGAGGCUACGACGUCCGAGCUAGUGAAGUCUGCGGACAACAAUUGUGCAAUGGCUCAGCGAGACCUAUCGAAUGGGGAGGGAGAUAUUAUAGAUGACGGGAGAGAAGCCCCCACUGCGAGUGACAAGGCUGAUAGUACGACAAAAAAUUCCUUGGAAUUGCGCACGCCCAGUGUACUUGCCAACCAGCCUGCGGCUGCGGCUCAAGGACCUAAUAGUAUCAAUGGCACAAGAGAGCUCUCGGACUUGUGUAAACCAUUGUUAAUGUCAUCAGUUACGCCGAGUACAUUGGAAUGUGGGGGCGAGAGACUUAGCACCGAUGCUUUCGUUCAAAAUACUCAAUCUGCUUCGAAAGUCAGAAUUUAG